AUGCGCAUUGUGUUCGUGUGGUCUGUCGCAGAAAGUGGUGUUGGUGUUUGUCCAUUACCGUUUUAAUUACGUAGACUAAUCCGAGUUGUGAUAUAUCGUGCAGCAAUUUCAUACAUCUUCGGAGGAAGUGUAAUGCUAUAAGAGUAUCUUCGAGUCAGCUUCGGAACAUUAUCAUGAAAAUGGUCCUAUCUCAACGCCAGCGAGAAGAGCUUAAUAAAGCCGUCGCUGACUACCUCAGCAGCAAUGGGUACACGGACGCGCUGGAGGCCUUCAAGAAGGAGGCCGACAUGCCGGGCGAGGUGGAGCGCAAAUUCGGCGGCCUGUUGGAGAAGAAAUGGGCGUCGGUGAUCAGGCUGCAGAAGAAAGUCAUGGAGCUGGAGUCGAAGCUGAACGAGGCCAAGGACGAGAUCAUCGACGGCGCGCCGACCAGGAACAAACGCACCCCCACCGAAUGGAUACCGAGACCGCCCGAGAAGUUUUGUCUUACCGGUCAUCGAGCGCCGCUGACGCGAGUGAUAUUCCAUCCGGUGUUCAGCCUGAUGGUGUCGGCGAGCGAGGACGCCACCAUCAAAGUGUGGGACUUCGAGACGGGCGAGUACGAGCGCACGCUGAAGGGCCACCAGGACUGCGUGCAGGACGUGGCCUUCGAUUCGUCGGGCAAACUGUUGGUGUCCUGCAGCGCCGACAUGAGCAUCAAACUGUGGGAUUUCCAGCAGACGUUCGAGUGCGUGCGCACCAUGCUGGGGCACGAUCACAACGUGUCGAGCGUGUCGUUUAUGCCCGGCGGGGAUUUCGUCGUGUCCUCCAGCCGGGACAAGACCAUCAAGAUGUGGGAGGUGUCGACGGGGUAUUGCGUCAAGACUUACACCGGCCACCGGGAUUGGGUGAGGAUGGUGCGAGCUUCGCCGGACGGUUCGCUGUUGGCCAGCUGUUCGAACGAUCAAAGCGUUAGAAUAUGGGUGGCGUCGUCGAGGGAGUGCAGGGCGGAGUUGAGGGCGCACGAUCACGUGGUGGAGUGCCUGUGUUGGGCGCCCGAUACGGCGGCGGGGCCGAUCAACGAGGCGGCCGGCGCCGAUAACCGCAAAGGGGCGCACGCCGGCCCAUUUUUGGCAUCGGGAUCUAGAGAUAAGACGAUUAGGAUAUGGGACGUUGGAGCCGGAAUAGCGCUGUUCGUAUUGGCCGGUCACGAUAAUUGGGUGAGAGGCGUCGUUUUCCAUCCGGGCGGGAAAUUUUUGGUCUCGGCCAGUGACGAUAAAACGCUGAGGGUGUGGGAUUUGAGGAAUAAGCGCUGCAUGAAAACGUUGGAGGCACACAAACAUUUUUGCACGUGUUUAGAUUUCCACAAAAUGCAUCCGUACGUCAUUUCGGGCAGUGUAGAUCAAACGGUGAAAGUGUGGGAAUGUCGCUAGGUAUAUAUUUUCUUUUUGUAAUUUGUAAUUGCGUUGUUUGAAAAAUAUUUCCAAGCGGGUCUGAUGUAAUACACACACACACAUACAUACACUUACGGAUUAAAUGACGGUAGUUUAUGCUAAUCAGCCAGUGCGCGCGCAUUGUAGAACUCUUUUUCGAGCCACACGAUUGUUCGAAUGCUUGGCGUUAUCUCAUUCGUUUAAUUCUCGUUUGUCUGGAGGCCAGGCGACGGUUUACUUUUCGAUUUUUUUUCAAACAAACGUUUAUUUAACUAUUUAAGAAAUAACUUAUAUAUUUUUUGUUAUUAAAGAAAGAACCUUACAACUUUCACGGUAGUUUUUAUUAUGUUGAUAUUUUUUUUAAUUAGAACGAUUCGAUGUCUAUAUAAUUUCUACGUUUCUAUAUACAUACUAUAUAACAUAAAAAUAUUUUAGUGGAACUUUUUUGAGUGCAUCUUGCAUAUAUCGAAAAAUAAGCUUGAUAGAUUAACUAGCGAAAAUUCACGUGUAGCUGUUUUAAUUACGUAGAAUGACAUUUAACGUCUCUAAACAAUU